CAUUACAGUUUGCCACUCAUCAAGUUCUGAUGGCUCUACAAGCUCUACAAGAAUUGCCCGAAGAUGAAUUCAAAUUGUUUCUUGAUUCUAUUGAUACCAUCAUAACUGAUUGUGAUUGUGUUUUAUGGUUGGAUGACGUAGGACUACCGGGAUCUGCGGAUGUGAUCAAUCAGCUCAAACAGUUAGGCAAAAACAUCUUCUAUAUGACAAACAACAGCACCAAGACUAGAGACCAAUUUGUGGAGAAAUGCCAACAAUUGGGUUUCAACGCUAACAAGGAGGAGAUAAUUAGUACAGCUUACUUAUCAGCACUGUACCUUCAUCAGCUGGACUUUAAACAGAAAGUUUACAUUGUUGGACCUCCAGCGAUAACAGAGGAACUAGAAACUUUUGGAAUAGAGAGUUUUGGACAUGGGCCUGAUUUAAUGGUAAGUGAUGUCAGAACAUUUAAAAAUUCCAUGAAAUUGGAGAAAAAUGUCGCAGCUGUGAUAGUGGGUUAUGACGAACAUAUAUCUUACCCUAAAGUUUCAAAAGCUUUUGCGUACCUUCAGGAUGAAAACUGCUUGUUUAUUGCCACUAACAAUGAUCCUACAAAAAAGACAAAAAACCCAAAACUGAAAUUACCAGGUGCAGGAUGUAUGGUGGAAUUGUUGAGAACAAGCACAAUGAGAGAGCCCACCUACAUGGGGAAGCCUGAUGUAUAUAUGCAGAAAACCAUCCUUAGCAACCCCAAAAUAAAUCCCCACAGGACUCUUAUGAUCGGAGAUAAGCCCAGUACUGAUAUUCUACUGGGGAAGAGGUGUGGGUUCAGGACCUUGAUGGUCCUCACAGGAUCCACAACCUUACAGCAAGUUCAGAGGUGGAAAGAGACUUCAGAUCCUAACACACAACAUAUGAUUCCUGACUUUUACAUUCCUUCAUUGGGUGAACUCCUGCCUCGGCUAUGAACAUUUCCGACUAAGAAGAACACAGUAUUGUAGAACAACAUGAUUAAAGAUAUAAUUUUGUAAAAUA